AUGGAGAUUGGAGCCAUCCACAUAGGUAAAGAUACAGAGAAUAUUAUUGGAAAUGGGACUGUAUUCAGUUACAUUACAAGAGAAAUAGGUCUUGUUCAAGAUCAACUACCCGCAUUUUUAGGCAGUGUUUCUUUAUCAAGUUCUCAUCGAACCUCACUACUUGGGUGGGUUUUCGGGACUUCUAUUCCGGGAACUAAGCAAUUUUGGGAUAAAAAUGUGUGCGUCGAUGUACCUGUUCCUGAUGGACUAAGUGAAGAAGAGAAUUUAUACUUGGAAAAUAAAGAAGCAGCCAAAUAUUUUUAUUCUAUUGGUCAAGAUAAAAAUAAACAAGCGAAAAUCACUCAAAAAUUAAGAUCCCAAGAUUUAUCAAAUUCAAUAAAUUCUCCUUAA